AUGCCAUCUCCUGCAACGCCACAACGUCCCUCCAAUCGUGGAGGAACUCCCAAAUCCACGUCAAAACCGCUGGACAUCGGGGAGCCGCUGGGGGCGCAUGACACGAACACGGUGCGCUCGAGAGUGCGAAACUGGCAGCAAAAAGGCGGCGGGGUCGUAACAAUUGACGACUCCUAUGACGACGAUGAGGAAAAUGAUGCGAAACUAAAACCAAAGCCUGCUAAAGUCAAGGCAGAGAGGCUGGAGAAGCUGGUGAAGCCAAGCAAGGACAUUCCCCCGACCACAAGGAAGCGCAGCCACAGCACACCCCGCAAACGUGUGGUAAGCGACGAACAUUGGAAGCGAACGCGAAAUCGAGCCUCAACCCAGUCCUCGACGCGUAAUCUGCCCACACCCAAGCGCAUAGCCGAAUAUACCGUAAAUCAAGGGCGGGCUAUACCUUUACGGGGAAAACACGACAAUAGUGAAGAUGAGAGCGAGAAAGGACGCGAUCCUCCACGAUUUCAGGCGAAACGAGGAACCGGCGCGGGGACUAAAUCCCCUAUUCGAGACACCAAGUCUGCGGGUGCGCGACAGAAUAUCGAUACCAUCAAUGAGAGCGACUACGAGACGGACCAUCCCAGGUCCUUCGAACCUUCAGAGCUCUCGGACAGAUUCAAAGCGCACUCGCCUCCUCCAGAGGAUGCAUGGGCAGCAAGCGAGGCGGAUUUCUCUGAGCUGUCGAGGAGACGCAAGCGCGGUCCAGCAAAGCCUCCCAAAGGUGGUAUAUUCGCGCACAUGAUCGAUGAGUCUAAAAAAAUGUUUGGGAUCCCCGAACCUGAACCGCCGAGGCCUACACCGACGCCAACUACGGGCCGUGGGGCCAAAAUUGAGGCAUGGCUUUCUGACACACCGGAUCCUUUUAUGGAUGAAGCAGGGUCUAAGACUGAUAUGCCAGCUCCUCUGGAUCUGAAGUUAGGCCGAGCAAGGCGAUCUCAAAAACUUGCAGACGGAGACCAACCUGGUACGGAGUCUGAACAAUCAGCGAUCAGCGAGCGCCCGAAGAGCUCCGACUCUCGCCCAAAGAGCACUGUGAGUAAGCACUCUAGAGGAAAGGACAGCUCUUCCUCGAUCGACAAAAUAUCAAGAGCACAAGAUUGCGAGUUACCCUCAGAGUCGAAGCGAGCUAGUCUAGAUAUGGCCUCUAAAUUAUCUGUCAAGAGCAAAGACGACAACCUUGUCAAAGAUAAGCCUUAUGAGGAUAGUCUCGCGCCUUCAGAAUCCGACUUGCAGCCAUUCUCCGACGGCGGCUCUGAAGUAUCGGGAAAUAAUGCACCUGUACCACUUAGCCAUAAGAAGCCAUUCCCGGCCACCGGUUACCAUCGUUUGUCCACGAUUGUUUCUACGGAAAGCUUGAGCACCACUCUUACAGAUGGGACUGAGCACGUGCUGAAGUCUACGACCACUGAAAAGCGCAAGUCGGAACUUGCCGAGGAAGCAGAAGAAGCAGAAAAGGAUGACCAGUUUGAUCCAGAUUCGCUACCUGUUGUCUCCUCGCAACUAAAAAGACGGCUUACCACCCACAAUGACCUCAUGUCUGUGCUAUCUGUUUCAACUUCGCGCAGGAGCAUCCGGUCUAAUAGGAGUAUUCGGACCAACAAAAGUCGUCUGGCCCAUGCUACAGUUGAUGAUUUGCUCCAUGAGCUUUCAGGUGACGAGACAAAGUAUAUGCGUGAGCUGAAAACACUGGUCGGGGGUGUGAUUCCGGUCCUCUUAACUUGCGUGCUGUCCCGCUCUGAUUCGGCCAUUGCCGCAGGCCUGUUUCGGCCGUCUUUGGACCCCGAAGAUGAUGUGAACUUCUCAAAGCCAAUUGUUAACAUGGGAGUGGCGAUCGAGCGGCUCAAGAACCUGCACAAGCGAAUCCCGCAGGACAACGCGGAUGCAUUGCUUACUUGGGCGCAAGGUGCUCAGAGAGUUUACCGCGAGUACUUGAAGGCCUGGCGCCUUGGAUUCAAAGAUGUCAUUGUCAACCUGGCUCCUCUGGAAGAAGGUGAAGUCCAUAACGAUGCUGACACGAAGAGCCUGGAUGAAGGCUUGGAGCGAGACGAAAACGGCGACAUCGUAGAUAGCAACGGGGAAAAGGUUGAUGUGGCGUAUCUGUUGAAGAGACCAUUAGUACGUCUAAAGUACCUGGCAAAGAGUUUCAAGGGUAUAAAUAUGCUGGAGCCAUCUCCGAAGGCCGAAGAAACUGCUGCUGCCUAUCAAAGUCUUGUUGUCGAUGCCCGAAAACGCGUCAGAGAUGAAAGAGCGAGAUUGGAAGAUGACUCUGCUGCCAGUAUCGACCCAACACGUACGAGAGACCCAAUGACCUUGGGUGUCCUCCACGGUAUCGGCAUUGAUCAGACUCGCCAUGUCCGUGCCCGCGAUUUCUUCAAUCUAUCAUUGUAUCAUUCAAGUGGACAACUUGUGGAUUGUCGAGCCGAGCUCCUAUAUCGAGACAAUGCCUCAAGCAAAGGGCCUGGAGGUGAUCUUUUGAUCUGUGAGAUUGAUCAUUCAGAUCGCUGGCUUCUCUUCCCUCCCAUGGACCUAAGAUGUGUCUCAGCCCGCAGAGGAGAAUCGAAGCAUGAGAUUGUGGUUAUGCUGCGCAGCGCUCCCGAAGAUGAAACCAGGUACUGGCAAGAGUUAAUCUCGCUCCGCAUUGACGAAGAAGAAGUAGGGUCGGAGUGGAUCUCAUUGCUCGGGUCUGACCCUAUUCCACCAUCAAUUUGUCGAAGCCAAAGCUUCAUCAGUCGAGCUAAGCAGAACAAGGCUCGCAAGCCCCCUGCUAUUGGCUCUCCACCUAGGCCCAACCCAAAUGACAUUGACAUCCCCAUCGGCGAGAAGGCGAGCGGUAAACGACGCUCAUGGACCAAAGAGCACUCGUCUGAGCCAAGUACGGGCAACUCUGUCACUGAUGCCAGGAGCUCUUUGUCCUCAGUCGUCACUCGAGAAACUGAUUACACCACUGGAGGGUCCGAGCUGUCUGCAAAGUCCGCCCGCCCUGACCUACCUCUCCUUCCUUCUACGGCUCCCAGGAACUCACCAACUAGCCCGGAAAAGACUGCCACCGGGCUCAAGCGAUCUAAGGCUAAGAGACUUUCUCGCUAUGGUGACAGCCCGGCUUCUGAGGGCACUUCUCAGCAUACUGCUGUAUCCGAUAAAGCACAUGAACACAGUGGACCUGCAGUUGCCUCUCCUCAAACCCCAAGUACGCCAACUGGACAUAGAUUCUAUGGCGAAACAGACGGGUCCCCAACUCAAGCCUCACCAAGAGAAAAGUCACGCUCAAGGAUUCCUCAACCUCAGAAGACGCCUGUCAGGGAACCUGAGCCGGAAUCUCCUAGGGUUUCAUCUGUGCCUUCGGCAACUCUUCCGUUGAUUCCUAAAAUCCGAACUUCUAGCAGCCAAACUCACCUUUCUACUCCGACAAGCAUUGGUCCUGAAGAUGAGGAAGACUAUCCUCCACUUGAAUGCUUGCCCAAGCAGGAAAUUCCGGAGACACCAACAAGAAGUAGAAGAAAGAAGUCUAGAAGACGGCCAAAGGAUGACGAUAGCCCUCCGCCUCCCCCGCCUCAUCGCUCACCUAGCCCUGCCAAUAACAAGCGCUCAACUACUCCAGUUCUUACUUCCAGUAGUGGUGGACUCAAGCGGCGUGGCUCUUCUCCCCUGAAGCACGAAUAUGAACCCUCUACGGCUUCAGAUUACUCAGAGACCGACUCGGAUGCAUCAACAGUGCGCCACUACUCCUACUCAUCAUCUGAAUACUCGAAAUCUGGUGGCUAUUCUGACUCAGGGGAGGAUUACUCCUCGGUAUCUGAAGACGAAGAAUAUGUUACUCCAAAGCCAAGAGCACUCGAUGUGAUUACCGACGCUAGUUCUCUCUCGCCUUCUAAUUCUGUGUCGCAGAGUGGCUAUCGUGCUGUGCCGCUGCAGCCAACCAAGACUAACAAAGCAAUGGCGUCUGUCUUUGCCUGGUCCGAUAAAGGCAACUGGGAGGCUUUAAUUCCUGACGAAUGUAGCAUCGUCGUUAGCCCUGGCCUGAUCGAGGCCUUCCCGGUGGGCUCUGAGCCCGAUGAAACCUCCGAUUCCCAAUCAUCAAGACCGCUCGUCUCUCUUGAAUUGACACCACUCGUUCCUAUUCGCCGUGGUACCGCCAUCGAUAUUAGUAUCCGCUCUCCUCCCACCGAGCGAUCCAAGAUCACAUCCAGCAACAACAUCAUGUUCCGGUCAGGUAACCCUGAUGAAUGCGACACCCUAUAUGGUCUAAUCAACCAAUCAAGAAUCAACAACCCAACAUAUAUUGCGCUCCAGAACGCCCGUGGCCCAUUCAACGACCAUGUCUCUACCUUCGAGCCUGCUCCAAAAUCCAGCGGAGGCCUGUUUGGCUGGCCCCGCCGCAGAAAGAGCUAUCGCGCGUCAAGCUCCCCACGUUCUUUGGCCGAAGGGUCCGAAAGCAGCGUGGGAACGAUGAGCAGCGCCUUCUCCGCCCUCAAACGCUUCGGCACCGGCAGCAAAAUGUUCAACAUUUCCCGCUCAACCAUCGAAUCUCGCCCUGACCGCGAAGGCAGCAUCUAUUCCGGCUCCGGAUAUUCAACCAACGACCCAUCUCCCAACUCCGGCCUAGGCCGCAUUGUCGCAGCAGUCAAGGGUGCCGAUGGCAUCGGUCUCUCAAACGCCAAGGUCCGCCUGUACGCACGUGAAUCCGCCUCCAAGUGGCGCGACAUGGGCGCUGCCCGUUUAACCAUCAUGCGCGCGCCACCCAAGAACCCCUCCCGCCCUGGUACUGGCGUCAGCGGCCGCAACGAAGGCAGCUUCCCGCACGGCGACAACGCCGACAAUGCAAGUGGCAAUUCACCUCCCGGGUCAGGCUCCACCUCUCCGCGUGGCGCCAUCUCGCCUGAGAAGCGCAUCGUCAUCUGCGGAAAGACACGCGGCGAGACUCUCCUCGACGUGUGUCUAGGUGAGAGUGCCUUUGAACGCAUUGCCCGCACGGGCAUCGCGGUAUCUAUCCGCGAGGAGGAUGAAGACGCUUCCGUCGCGAAGAAGGGCGGUGUUGCUACUGGCUCUGGCAAGAUAUUUAUGAUUCAAAUGAAGAGUGAGGCUGAGGCGGCUUAUACCUUUGGGCUUGUUGGCAAGCUCAGGUAUUAA